GUCUUAAUUAUAUUAUUUUCCUGUUUGCGGUUAGAGUUAUGCUGCAAACCUUUAUAUUUCGACAAAAGACUGAUAAAUAAGACCGACGCGGUCAAAAUUGCGGUUCUGAUACUGUUAUGGAAUCUUCAAAUUUUAUUGCUGAUAAAUUAGUCUUUUUGCUCAGGAAUUUGAAACACCUUUUUGUUGAAGGAACUCUACCACUAGAGCUUCUGAACCUUGUUCACAUAAAGUCUACGUAAGCACUAGGAGAAUUGGUUAUUUGGGGGUCUGAGAGUCUAGGUGCGAGGCAUUUGGAAUUGAUUUAGCAAGCUUGUUAGGAAGUUAUUAUUUUGGUAGGAGUUUUGAACUCCGAUUUAUUGCUUUCUACUGUUGUAGAGCUCUUGAGCUCAUCACUUUAUGUUCAAUAAUAUACUGUUGCAUCUUCAAUUUACUGAGUUCUAUCUUUCCGUGUCUGGCCUUUAAUUUGAAUUGUCGGUGCUACAAAGGAAACUUGUUUAGUCUAAUUUAAGGGCUUUGAAGGCGGUGGUGAGGAUUCAAGCACUAAUUAGGGGUAGGCAAGUGAGUAAGCAAGCUUGCAUGCAUUGGUUCGUGUUCAGGCUCGAGUGAGAGCUCGGCGGGUGAGGAUGUCUAUGGAGGGACAAACUGUGCAGAAUAUGCUUAAUGAGCAGUGUACAAACCUUGAACUUUUGAAGGAUGCUGAGGUUUGUAUCAUGAAUUGACAAUGGGAAGUUUUCAUGUUUUUUAGCUUUGGUGCUGUUUAAGGAGUAUGUUUUGUGUAUGGCAGGAAGGGUGGUGUGAUAGUAUUUGAGAUUUUUAGCAGCAAUAUAGGCCAACCUCAAGCUCUAAUUCACAAACAACCGUCUCGUUUUCCUUUCUCAAGAAUCCUGAGAUGAAAAAAUAAUGGAGGAUGGAGUUGGUUGGAAAGAUGGAUGGCAUCCAAGCCUUGGGAGACAAGAUUGAUGGAACAAUCAUACACCUUAAACCCCUUUUCAGUAUUAUUCUUUGGAUAUCACUUACUUUAAGUCUAGUCUUGAUUCACACCUUUUGGAUCUUCUGUGGAAUAAAUAUUAGGUUGAAACACGGAAGCAUGGUAACAGUGCAGUUGGAGAUGGAGCUUUUUUAGAUUCAUCUGCUGCGUUUUCUGACAAAGUUGGUGAAUGGAACCCGGGGUUUGAGUUCAGUCCUAUUUCUGCAUCUCACAGCCUACAGCUAGGUUCGAAAGGUGAAUCAAGUGAAAAUGGAGAUGGGUUUACUAUGUUCAAUCAAACUUUUGGGAAGUUGACAAAUGCACAUUCAUGGCCAGGAUUAAAUCAAACUUUGGAAGCACCGAAAAAGGAUAAUAUAUAUCCCACUUCUAUAGAAGCACUCAAUGAUGAUGGUGGAGCUUCCCUUGGUACUGUUGAUCCAUCUCUUGCAUCACAAUCUCAUCAAUCUAAUGUGUGGGGCUUUGAUUUUAAUUUCAAAUCUAGUUCCAUGGCCGAAAACAAUCUAUUUUCAGAGUCAUACUCUGUAACGGAAAAAAGCCACGAUGAAAACAACAAAAGCAGUGCCUCUCCAGCCAGUGUAAAUGUUGAUUCAGAUGUCAAUUUGUUUGAAUCAAAAGACACAGUCACGGAAGUAGGAAUAAAAAAUGAGAUCCACAGUGGUUUCUCCAACUAAAUUGUUGGAUUCACACUCUAUUUAAUUCCAAAAUUCCAUGGGGUAAUGCGGGAAAACUGCCCCACAAACUCCAAUCCGUCGACGCGACCGUCCGCGGCAUUCCAACUAAAUUGUUUGUGUUUAUGGAUUAUUUGCACAGGUACAUAUUAGAAAGGAUAACUCAGCAGUCUCUUCUCAUAGAUAUUGGAGUCAAUCAACACAAGAGCCAGUCUCCUUGUUGGACCAAAGAGAUUAAUCCGUUGUGUAUUAAUUAACACUGAAUAUAUUGCAGGCUCUGAGUGAGAAAGGCUAUGAACUUGUUUCUGGUGGGACUGAAAAUCAUCUAGUUUUGGUGAAUAUGAAGAAAAAGGUAACCCGAUAACUACUUUGACUUUGCUUGAGAAGAUGAAGUCGGUGUACACGAAUGUAGAAGGUCUUCCUCCGGAUUGAAUUGUGGAAAACAAUUGCUUCUCCAGGGCGUGGUAUUUUGGCCAUGGAUGAAUCCAAUAGUACAUGUGGAAAGCGGUUAGAUUCAAUUGGACUAGAGAACAACCGAAGCUAACCGUCAAGCAUGGCGUAAAAUUAUAUAUGAAGAAAGUGUUAUGACUUGGUUAAAAUAUAAUUUUUAUGUGUAUGAUUUUAUAGUACUUGAAAUAUUAUGAAUGCACAUGAUUUUGUAUACUUUUGGUUAAUAUUAAAAAUAUUUUGACUUAGUUAAAAUA